AUGGAAGUUUUAGAAGAAAAAGGACAAGCAAGUGUAGAUUACACUCAAGAUGGCACAAUGGACCUAAAAGGUAGACCCGUUUUGAGAUCAAAGACGGGAAGAUGGAAAGCAUGUUCCUACAUAGUUGGGUAUGCAGUGUUUGAAAGGAUGGCUUACUACGGAAUAGUAUCAAACCUAGUGUUGUAUCUAACGAAUAAGCUCCAUGAGGGCACUGUUCAAUCUUCAAACAACCUUAGCAACUGGGUGGGUUCAGUGUGGAUGAUAUCACUUGCAGGAGCUUACAUUGCUGAUGCCUAUCUUGGCCAAUAUAGGACCUUUGUUAUUGCAUCAUGCAUUUAUCUUUUGGGAAUGUGUUUGUUGACUCUAGCUGUUUCACUGCCAGCACUGAAGCCACCACCAUGUGUUCAAGACCAGAAUUGUUCACAGGCAUCGACAUUGCAAAGGGGUGUUUUCUUCUUGGCCCUUUAUAUCAUUGCAAUAGGCAUAGGAGGAACAAAACCCAACAUUUCUACCAUGGGAGCAGACCAAUUUGAUGAGUUUGAGCCCAAAGAGAAAUCCCAUAAACUUUCCUUCUUUAAUUGGUGGUUUUUUGGUAUUUUCUUUGGUAUCCUUUUUGCCAACACUUUCUUGGUUUACAUACAAGACAAUGUAGGUUGGAGUAUUGGAUAUGGCGUUCCCACCCUUGCGCUUGCUGUUUCAGUAUUGGUGUUUUUGGUAGGAACUCCAUUUUAUAGGCACAAAUUACCCUCAGGGAGCCCAAUAACUAGGAUGCUUCAGGUAUACGUGGCAGCUGUGAGGAAGUGGAAGUUACAUGUCCGAGAUAAUCCAAAAGAGCUACAUGAGCUGAGCAUUGAAGAAUAUGCGAAUAAUAGAAGAACCAGAAUUGCUCACAGCUCUUCACUGAGUUUCCUUGACAAAGCUGCUAUUAUGACUGACCAAACAUCAUCAUGGAUACUUUGUACUGUGACCCAAGUUGAGGAAACCAAGCAAAUGACAAAAAUGAUCCCUAUUUUGCUUACAACGAUUGUUCCAAGCACCAUGAUAAUUCAAGCGACCACACUCUUUGUCAAACAAGGCACCACGCUAGACAGGAACAUGGGACCCCAUUUUGAAAUCCCCCCAGCAUGUCUUGUAGCAUUUAUUACUAUCUUCAUGUUGAUAAGCCUUGUUAUCUAUGACCGUGUUUUUGUUCCUACAAUCAGGUGCUACACAAAGAACCCCAGAGGGAUCACAUUGUUGCAAAGACUUGGCAUUGGACUUGUGCUACAUAUCAUGGUAAUGGUCACUGCAUGCUUAGCUGAAAGAAGGAGACUCAAGGUUGUAAGAGAAAACCAUCUCUUUGGUCCGGAUGAUGCAAUUCCUCUUACAAUUUUCAUUCUUCUGCCUCAGUUUGCUUUGGCAGGGAUUGCUGAUAACUUUGUCGAAGUUGCCAAGACAGAGUUAUUCUAUGAUCAAGCCCCCAAUGGCAUGAAAAGUCUUGGAACAUCAUAUUUCACAACCAGCUUGGGUAUUGCAAGUUUUCUCAGCAGUUUUCUUCUUUCAGCUGUUGCUGAUAUCACCAAGAGACAUGGUCACCAAGGUUGGAUUUUGGACAAUCUAAACGUUUCCCGUUUAGAUUAUUAUUAUGGAUUCAUGGCCGCAUUAAGCUUUGUCAACUUCCUUUGCUUCUUGUUUGUUGCCAAGUUCUUUGUCUAUAACGUUGAUGUAACACAAAACAAAUCGAGCUUGGAGAUUAACUCGGCGUCGUCUCGAGACAAUACUGGAAUAACCCAAAGACUUCGACAAAGGGAUCACACCCUUGGUUGUCAAGAUUAA